AUGUCCCACGAAGAAAAUGGCAUCAGUGUCAAAGACACCAACCAAACCUCCCCCUCCUCCUCCUCUUCAAAUGAUGACAUUGAAACCGGCCGCUUUGGCCCCCUGGCCCACGUCAACACUGCCGAAAGUCGCUAUGCAGCCUUCGGCGGCGAGGCUCAACCAGGUCUAUGGCGAGUACCUAAGGACCGCAAAAUCGCCAAUCCUGCGCCGUUGGGAUUAUGCGGUUUUGCUCUGACGACUUUUAUUCUGGGGUGUAUUCAGAUGGAUGUGAGAGGUGUUACGCAGCCUAAUAUACUUGUUGGGCCUGCUUUGGCUUAUGGGGGGCUUGUGCAGCUUUGUGCUGGGAUGUGGGAAAUGGCAAUUGGAAAUACAUUCGGUGCCACUGUCCUUUCCUCCUAUGGUGGAUUCUGGAUAUCCUUGGCCAUUACUUUCAUCCCCGGUGGGUUUAAUAUAAUGGGAAGCGGAUGGGGGUCUCCUUUUAUGUUCUACAAUUCUUUCGCUCUAUACCUGAUGGGCUGGUUCAUCUUCACGACCAUAAUCAUGUUCCUCACCCUCAAAUCCACCGUCGCAUUCUUCUCCCUCUUCUUCUUCGUCGAUCUCGCCAUCCUGAUGAUCGCGCUUGGAUAUUUCUAUCCCACCGGUGCAUUGCCAAAUGCAAAUUUGCUCAAAGCCGGUGGAUUGUUUGCGCUCCUUGGUGCGUUUUUGGCUUGGUAUAAUGCUUUCGCUGGUAUUGCGGAUAGCAGUAAUAGCUUCUUCUUGCCUCCUGUUGUGCAUUUCCCUUGGUCUGAGAAGAGACGGUCUGCUAGGAUGAGUAAGAAGAAUGAUGUUUGA